AUUAUUGGCCGGGUAAAUUCACAACAAAAAAAGGAGAGACGAAGAAAGUAAGGUAACGAACACUGCGACAAUAAUAGAUUUGGGACGAUACCACACAGUCUAAAUGAGCUAAAUGUACACAAUGAAGUAUAAAUACAACAAAGCAGCCUUAAAUUGUGAGUCAUGAGCCAAGAGAGGACGACGCGACGACAAAAUAGCUGCUAAACCGAAAAACGUUGUUUUCCUCUCACGAUGACCAGCGUCAAUAAACGAGAAAGGGAACAGAGGAGGAAGCUGCAGUACUUUUUGUCUGAUCUGGCUUUCCUGGGCUCAUUGCAGGGUUUUAAGUACUUCCAGCCUUGGCUGAGAGGCAAAGAGGAGCUGCUGUUGACUGUUGUCAAUGAAGAUCUGGGUUGGCAUUCCCCGGGCUUCGCCGUGUCCAGAGCGUCCUCCAGCAGCGCCUCCAGCAGCAGCGACACUUCAGACAGCAGCAGCUCCCUCAGCCUGGCUAGUCGGCCCGCUUCCCCGCUGCCUGGAGGGCCUGAAGGUCCACCAACGACGUCUCCAACGCUUCCCAAGACAGACAAACACGCUAACAGCAGUGAGGAGCAUCUCCUGCCCGCCUCCCCCAGUGAUGGUGAGAUCGCAGAACCUGAAGUGAACUGCACCCUUUUCCUGCUGGCAGGCUACGUGAAAUACGGGCGUCCUUACGCUUGGAUACGCUCCAACCACGAGCGUCUGGUCAGCAUCGGAGGCAGCGACUCCAUGUUGAAGGACACGCCCAUGAAGCUCAAAUCUAUUGCAGACUGGCAGGGCGGAGGGGUCCGUGUGUGGGACGUGGUUAGCGAGCUGGUGUGUCUCUGCACCGUCCCCUUCCCGUCCAACCCCUUCGCCUUGGAUAUGCGCUACAUUCAAAGUCUUCCUGCGCCCGAGCGUUUUCUCGUUACAGGGGCGCUACUCAACUUCUUGGAGAUGUACGUGGUCUACGGGAACCGUAACGAGUUGCAUUACGACAAAGUGGUGGAGGAGCUGAAGUCUCUAAGGCGUGUCCACGUCUACACCCUCAUGGAGGUGCAGAAGCUGAAGAGAAACACCAGAUUGGCUAUUUUAACACUUCCAAGCAUGGGAAACGUGUCACAUGACUGCCGCCAGGACCUUUUAUGAACAUUUUGCCCCCCAGCAUCAACACACACACACACACACACACUCUCCCUCUUCAGGCCAAAUAUAACAUUGUAAGUCAGAGUCAUGGAAACACGCUCAUCCAUCAUUCCAAGUUAAACAUUUGUCUUGUUGGACACCGCAAGGGCUUUUGAGUGCAAGUGAAGGCACCUUGAAAAAACAUGUAUAAAAGAUAUUUAAUUAAAUAUGUACAUAAUUACGUUUAAAAAAAACACUGAUAAAAUGUCCCUUUUGUAAAGAUACAUCACAUAAUAAAAAACACCUUUUGUGGUUCGGAUGAGACUGAGAUGGUUCAUGUUUGUAAACCAUAAGACCUUCUGUUUAAAGUGGUGCUUAUGGUCCGAGUGAACACGAGACGAAGAGUAGUCACAUUCGCACGCGGAAGAAGAGAAGGAGACUCUUUGCUAGGGAAUGCAGGUGCAUGGCCACACAUUCCAAGAAGAGGCUCUCCGACAGGACACAGCGUUCCCAGUGUUCCGUGAUAAACAAAGCAGCAAGUCACGGCUGGGCGGCCUUCCAUGCAGUGCCAACAUGUCGUUUAAAAAAAAAAAAAAAAAGUCAAAAUGUUACUCCUCUGUGAGCGGGUUAAGGAAUGAUUCAUUUAAAAAUCAUUUUUGAAAAAAAGUGCUGACAAAAAAAUCAUCGUUUUGGGACUUUUGGUCUUCAAGCUUCAGGCCAACCUUCUUUGCAACCCUUUUUUAAAAAGCCAGCAGCCAAUCAGGGGAGAAGAAAGAGCACCAGUCCUCCUCGUUGGGGAGGCUCAGCUCCAGCUGUCCGAGGCGGACCCCCUCCUGGUGAUGCUUCUGAGGGGGCUGCGAGACACAGAUCCUCUAUGCUUCCAGUGAACUUUAAAAAAAAAAGAGACAACACAGGCGGUCAAGUCGUGUUUAGUGAAUCAACAAAGUCAAUGGACGCCAAUGAGGAAGCUUCUUCGCUCACGGGCGUCUUCUUAUAGACCAGCACGUGUAUGUGAGGCGGUGUGUGAAUGGAGCGAGGUUCCCCGGGCUGGGAAAGUUAGCACAUCAAAUAUUUGCAUAGAUUUUUGGCACAUGCGUAGUAAUAUGGUGCAUCGAGACGGGAGUGACUAUUAGAAAGGGUGGUCUUCGGGCGAGAGGCGGGGUACACCCUGGACUGGUGGCCAGCCAAUCACAGGGCACAUAUAGACAAACAACCAUUCACACUCACAUUCAUACCUAUGGACAAUUUUCAAGUCGCCGAUUAACCUAGCGUGGAUUCUGGAAUGUGGGAGGAAACCGGAGUAUCCGGAAAAAACCCACACAUGCACAGGGAGAACAUGCAAACUCCACACAGAGAUGGCUGAGGGUGGAAUUGAACCCUGGUCUCCUAGCUGUGAGGUCUGCGCGCUAACCACAUGCCCAUGAUAUUAUAAUUUUCCAAAACUUUAUUUUGUCAUUCCGUUUUUUUAACAAUUUGUUGUUUAAAUGAUAUUUUUAAGACAUGGGCAAAUAAAAAAGAGAUGGCCGAGGGUGGAAUUGAACCGUGGUCUCCUAGCUGUGAGGUCUGCACGCUAACCACUCGACCACCGUGCAGCCCCACACAGACAUUGUGACAGGCUAACAAGCAUGCUGUGGGUUUGGACUUUUGGAUUAUUUUCACUCUCAUUUCU